AUGGCUUCGGACAACUCACCAUCACCACUAUUGGAAUUGCCCGACUUUCCUGGGGGAGCUGAUGGAUUUUUGUAUAUUUACAAGUUGUGUUAUGGAAUCAGAGGUCCACUCACUGCUUCAAAAUCUCUCCCUUUCCUCUGUGCGGCUGAUUAUCUGGACCUGAAGGAUGAACUAAUUUCACAAACUAUGAGCUAUCUUUCUGAAGGCGCACUGUAUGAGAAUGGGGAAACAUGUGCAGAGAUUUUGAAGCAUUGCGAUGACCGUAGUGUUCGAGAGUAUGCCAACAGAUCUCUGAUUGCACAGAGAUGUAUCCAGACCGUUGACUCCCAUGUGUCAAAGUAUUUUCUCAGGAGACACCUACCUGAAGGAGUAGGAGAUGAGGCUAAGAAAGCAUUGCUUGAAGCAGUUGCUCCUUUGUAUUUUAGUCAAGUGUGUCAACCACCAGAUGUUAAACACCUGAUUCGCCUACACAGGGCUGCAGUAUCUCUUGUGGCUUCCCAAGAAUGUUUGAAAUGCCUUGAGCAUUGUAUCGGUGCACAUCUUCAUGAAGUUUCUGCAGAAGCUUUGUGUGGAAGCCAUCAUUUUGACAGCAACACGGUUCAUCGCCUUGUCAACCAUUAUCUCCGCAAGCAUGAGGGUGGUGAAGAGAUUGUCGCUGAUGAUAAUCAAAUAGUUCCUGAAAGCACAGUCGUGGUGGCUAAUCUUGUUGAUAAGUACCUCCUGGAAAAGGUUGCUAAUUUGUCAGUGGCUCAAUUUCAAGAAUUAGCCGCCUCAGUCCGCCAUGCUAGAGCUGUGGAUGACAAUCUCUAUUUUGCUAUUACUUUGUAUCUACAGUACCACCCUAACUUGGCUGAACCAGAGAGAGAGCAGAUAUGUCAAUCUUUGAAUUGCGAAAAUCUCACUCCUGAAGUUCGGAUUCAAGCAGCAAACAGCCGUAAUUUACCCUUGCGAACAGUUGUUGAGCUUUUCUAUCUCAACAACCAGGAGCUUAAGGAUGAAGUUGAAGAGCAUAAGAACCGGAUUUCUUAUCUUGAGAGUGUGAACAUGAUGAUGAAUGAAGUCAUUGAGAAUCUAAGGAAAGAAGUGGAGAAGUUGGGCAGUGGGAAUUCAAAAGGAUCAAACAAGUGGACAACCAUGUCUAAGAAAUUGGGCUUCAGCAAGAGGCCUCUGCAACUGGGGUGUCGUACAAGUCAGGAUGCUGUGCACAACCCAAACCCUAGGAGGAAGGACAACAUUCUACCGGAAAAUACAGACUCCUCCUCUGAGGAAUGA